GUCCACUUCGCCAGCUGCAUCCCAGCGAUUUUUCCCCAAGCACGAGUCCACCAGCCAGUGCAAAUAAAGCUUCAGACUAACUAAAAAUGGUCAACAUCGGCCACAUUUUCGUGUGGGCCUUGCUCUUGGUCACUGUUUCGGGCACUGAUCUGAGCGAUGAUGAGGCGCUCAAUGAUGUUUUAAGCGAACUUGAGUUUGACGACUCUUCGACCAGAUUAACUCGCGACACUUCUCUGUCAGCUAAGCACAUCGAGAAGAUCGAUGUAAAAUGCGACCAAGGUAAUGGCAUGAUGGUUGAGGUGGAGUUCUCCGAGGACUUCGAGGGAGUCAUCUACAGUCAGGGGUAUUACAACGACCCCAAAUGCAACUACGUCAAGGGCGACCGAGCGGGUCGCAGUUUCAUAUUCACAGUGCCAUACAAUGGAUGCGGCAGCAAGCCCUCGUGCUCCGUAUGCGCUUCGAUCGAGAACAUCCUGAUUAUCCAGGAUGACAGGGAUAUUCAAAAUAGCUUCGAUAUCGCACGAAAAAUAUCGUGCAGUCGGGGCGACGAGCGUGAGAAGACUGUUUAUUUCAAGCCAUUUGUGGUGGACAUGCUCGAAGUUAUUUCUGUGGAUACGCCAAGUGGUCCUGUGGAGUGCUGGAUGGAAAUCGGCACUGGGUCUCCGCCCAAUGUCAAACCCAUUCAGGGCACUCUUACCCUCGGAACAGACAUAACUUUUACCAUAAACGUCAAGCACUCGGAACAGGCAUGGGACAUUAAUAUACUGCAAUGUUAUGCCUCCGAUGACAUGGACUUUGAGGCCAGAACCACGAAGAGAUUGCAACUUUCGGACAAAAGAGGAUGCUCGAUAAAGGAGAAAAUAUUUGGGGAGUGGCGAAAGUUUGAAGCGCCCUCUAGUCUAACGGCCACUUACUAUAAUACUUUAAAAGCCUUUAGGUUCCCCGACCGAUCCCAGGUUUAUCUGAAGUGUGACAUAGAACUGUGCAAUGGUGCUUGCAAAAGGGAUUACUCUUGCGGCAGUGCGAAGUCAGGUCCAUGUUCCGAGGGAUCUACGGACCCCCAGUGUCUACAGGAUCAUCUCAUCUCACAAAAACCACGUUGCUAUCCCGGCUCCAGAGAACCAGGGUGCCCAACGCCCACUUCCCUGCCGCCAACAACGAUCAGGAUACCAAUAGCCUCAACAUUCACGCCUAGGCCACGGUGCUAUCCUGGAUCCACAGAUCCCAGUUGUCCGCAGCCUACGUUGACAACAUCCCAGCCCAGUUGUCCUUUAGGCUCAACCGAUCCCCGCUGCCGCGUCAGACCACCGCCAACAAUAAAGCCAAGAUGUUAUCCGGGAUCAAACGAUCCGGAUUGUCAACCAGCUACUUAUCUACCGCCAACAACGAGAAGAACUGCGAUCAAACCACGUUGCUAUCCGGGGUCACCUGAUCCUGAUUGUCAACCGGGAACAAAAGCUCCUAUUACCACAUCUAGGCCUAGGUGUAAUCCAGGCUCUGAUGAUCCUGAAUGUCAACCGGCAACUUAUCUUCCGCCGACAACGAGGAGAACUCCGACUCCUACGUUAAAGCCACGUUGUUAUCCGGGAUCCACUGAUCCGGACUGCCAACCCAGAACGAGAUCACCUAUUACUACAUCAAAACCUAGAUGUUAUCCAGGCUCUACCGAUCCUGAAUGUCAGCCCGCUACAUAUCUUCCACCAACCACAAGGAGAACACCAAUCCAAACAACAAGAACGCCAGUAACCGCAUCAAGUCCAAAUUGUUAUCCAGGUUCAACUGAUAGUCGCUGUCCACAGAAGCCCCAAACGACUCCAAGGCCAAGAUGCUAUCCUGGAUCAACAGAUCCCAGCUGUCAGCCUGCAGCUACCACACGGUGUUACCCGGGGUCUACUGACCCAGAAUGUCAGCCAGCUACCCGUGUAACUCAGAAACCACCUACUACACCACAGCCUAAAUGUUAUCCCGGAUCAAAAGAACCGGAGUGUUCUAAUUGUUAUCCUGGUUCGCCAGAUCCAAGAUGUCCCAAGGUUCCAACCACAAGGAAGGCAGGAUGUUAUGAUGGUUCAGAUGAUCCAAGAUGUCAGCCUGCCACAUAUUUACCUCCAUCAUCGCGCCGCCCUCCCACGAUUGCACCCAAGCCAAGAUGCUAUCCAGGAUCAACAGAUCCCAGCUGUCCGCAACCAACUCAACCAACCACAAGAAGGACACCUAUAACUACAUCUAGACCUAGGUGUUAUCCAGGGUCUACUGAUCCAGAAUGCCAACCAGCCACAUACUCUCCUCCGACGACAAGGAGACCUGUAAUAACGUCUAAGCCUAAUUGUUAUCCGGGCUCAACAGACAGACGCUGCCCAAAAGAGCCCGUUCCGACACCAAAGCCUAGAUGUUACUCUGGCUCAACGGACCCCGAAUGUCAGCCGGCUACUUACAUCCCACCAACUACGGUACGAACAACAAUUCCGACAUCCAAGCCACGGUGUUAUCCGGGCUCGAAUGACCCUGAUUGCCAACCAGCUACUUACUCGCCUCCGACAACAAGAAGGCCUAUAACUACGUUGAAGCCAAACUGUUAUCCGGGCUCAACAGAUAGUCGUUGCCCACAGAAACCUCCAACGACUCCAAAACCGAGAUGUUAUCCGGGAUCACCGGAUCCUUUCUGUCAACCAGCAACUUACCUUCCUCCAACAACAGCAAGAACAACGAUUCCUACAACAAAGCCAAGGUGUUAUCCUGGUUCGAGUGAUCCUUAUUGUCAGCCACCAACAACAAGAACGCCCAUUACUACUUCCAAACCGAAUUGUUAUCCUGGUUCUACCGAUAGUCGUUGUCCUCAGAAACCUCCUGCUACUCCGCAGCCUAAGUGUCAUUCCGGCUCAACAGAUCCGGAGUGUCUUAAUUGUUAUCCCGGUUCGCCAGAUCCAAGAUGUCCAAAGGUUCCCACCACAAAGAAGGCAGGAUGCUUUGAUGGGUCGGACGAUCCAAGAUGUCAACCUGCUACAUAUUUACCUCCUUCAUCUCGACGCCCUCCCACAAUCGCACCUAAGCCCAGGUGUUAUCCAGGAUCAACAGAUCCCACUUGCCCCAAACCAACUGAGCCAACCACGAGACGGACACCUAUCACUACAUCUAGGCCUAGGUGUUAUCCAGGAUCCAAUGAUCCUGAAUGCAAGCCAUCUACUUACUCACCUCCAACAACAAGACUACCUGUUACAACUGUCAAGCCUAGAUGUUAUCCGGGCUCGAGGGAACCUGAAUGUCAACCUGCAACUAAGCAACCAAUUACCACGUCCAAGCCAAGAUGCUACCCGGGAUCGUCAGAUCCUGAGUGUCAGCCAGCAACAUAUCUCCCACCAACAACUGCAAGAACCACAAUUCCAACAGCCCGGCCUAGGUGUUAUCCGGGAUCUAAUGAUCCGGUAUGUCAGCCAGCCACUUAUUCCCCUCCGACUACCAGGAGGCCAGUAACUACAUCAAAGCCAAAUUGCUAUCCAGGCUCAACGGAUAGUCGCUGUCCUAAAGAACCAGUUCCGACACAAAAGCCUAGAUGUUCCCCUGGCUCAACGGACCCUGAAUGUCAGCCUGCAACGUAUCUUCCUCCAACAACUGCCAGACCAACCAUUCCCACCACUAAGCCAAGGUGUUACCCGGGAUCAACCGACCCAUAUUGCCAACCAAAAACAUAUUCCCCACCGACAUCAAGGCCAGUCUUAACUACACCAAGGCCCAGAUGUUAUCCAGGUUCGUCAGAUCCUGAUUGCCAACCUGCAACUUAUCUUCCACCUACAACUGCCCGAACUACCAUAACUACUUCAAAACCAAGGUGUUAUCCGGGCUCAAGCGAUCCCGCUUGUCAGCCAGCAACUUACUCGCCUCCGACAACCAGAACACCUAUAACAACAUCUAAGCCUAAUUGUUAUCCAGGAUCCACGGAUGCUCGUUGUCCUCAAAAACCACCUACUACUCCGCAGCCAAAGUGCUAUCCCGGCUCAACAGAUCCGGAGUGUCUUAAUUGUUAUCCCGGUUCGCCAGAUCCCAGAUGUCCCAAGGUUCCAACCACAAGGAAGGCUGGAUGUUAUGAUGGUUCAGAUGAUCCAAGAUGUCAGCCUGCAACAUAUUUGCCUCCUUCAUCUCGCCGUCCUUCGACGAUUGCACCCAAGCCCAGAUGCUAUCCAGGAUCAACAGAUCUCAGCUGCCCGCAAUCAACUCAACCAACCACAAGAAGGACUCCUAUAACUACAUCUCGACCUAGGUGUUAUCCAGGAUCUAAUGAUCCAGAAUGUCAACCAGCCACAUACUCUCCUCCAACGACAAGAAGGCCUAUAACGACCUCCAAGCCAAAUUGUUAUCCGGGCUCAACCGACACUCGCUGUCCAAAAGAACCCGUUCCGACACCGAAGCCUAGAUGUUACCCUGGCUCAACGGAUCCUGAAUGUCAGCCUGCAACUUACCUACCACCAACAACGGCACGCACUACGGUUCCUACGGCUCGGCCCAGAUGUUAUCCUGGUUCCGAUGAUCCUGACUGCCAACCACCAGCAACUACUAGAAGGCCUAUAACUACAUCGAAGCCAAUUUGUUAUUUGGGCUCAACGGACAGUCGUUGCCCACAAAAACCGCCUACGACACCAAAGCCAAGAUGUUAUCCUGGGUCUACAGAUCCUGAAUGUCAGCCUGCAACGUAUCUUCCUCCAACAACUGCAAGACCAACCAUUCCCACCACUAAGCCAAGGUGUUAUCCGGGAUCAACCGACCCCUAUUGCCAACCAAAAACAUAUUCCCCACCGACAUCAAGGCCAGUCAUAACUACAUUAAAGCCCAGAUGUUAUCCAGGCUCGUCAGAUCCUGAUUGCCAGCCUGCAACUUAUCUUCCACCUACGACUGCCCGAACUACCAUAACUACUUCAAAACCAAGGUGUUAUCCGGGCUCAAGCGAUCCCGCUUGUCAGCCAGCAACUUACUCGCCUCCGACAACCAGAACACCUAUAACAACAUCUAAGCCUAAUUGUUAUCCAGGAUCGACGGAUGCUCGUUGUCCUCAAAAACCACCUACUACUCCGCAGCCAAAGUGCUAUCCCGGCUCAACAGAUCCGGAGUGUCUUAAUUGUUAUCCCGGUUCGCCAGAUCCCAGAUGUCCCAAGGUUCCAACCACAAGGAAGGCAGGAUGUUAUGAUGGUUCAGAUGAUCCGAGAUGUCAGCCUGCCACAUAUUUGCCUCCUUCAUCUCGUCGUCCUCCCACGAUUGCACCCAAGCCCAGAUGCUAUCCAGGGUCAACGGAUCCCAGCUGUCCGCUACCAACUCAACCUACCACCAUAAGGACGCCUAUAACUACAUCUAGGCCGAGGUGUUAUCCAGGAUCUAAUGAUCCGGAAUGCCAACCAGCAACUUAUACGCCACCGACUUCAAGAUCGCAAAUUACUACUUUGAAGCCAAGGUGUUAUCCAGGAUCAAAGGAUCCAGAGUGUCAACCAGCUACUUCAAGACCACCUGUGACAACUUCCAAGCCAAAUUGUUAUCCGGGUUCGACAGAUUUACGCUGUCCUCAAGUGACGACGGCAAAGCCUCGGUGUUACCCGGGCUCGACGGAUCCUGAAUGUCAACCCGCUACUUAUCUUCCACCAACAACACUAGGAACAACCAUUGCUACGCCCAAGCCAAGGUGUUAUCUGGGUUCCAAUGAUCCGGACUGUCAGCCCGCAACAUACUCGCCUCCAAUAACUCAAAGGCCAAUAAUUACAUCGAAACCUAACUGUUAUCCAGGCUCAACUGAUAGUCACUGUCCACAGAAGCCCCAAACGACUCCAAGACCAAGAUGUUAUCCAGGCUCUACAGAUCCUGAUUGUCGGCCUGCAACGUAUCUUCCUCCAUCAACGGCUAGAACAACAAUUCCUACAUCUAAGCCAAGGUGUUAUCCUGGAUCAAGCGAUCCUUACUGCCAGCCACGAACAUCUAAAACACCUGUAACAACACCCAAGCCUAAUUGUUAUCCGGGCUCAAAAGAUAGUCGUUGUCCACAGGAACAACCCACUACUGCGCAGCCUAGGUGCUUCCCCGGCUCAUCAGAUCCUGAAUGCCUGAAUUGUUUCCCUGGCUCCCCAGAUCCGAGAUGCCCGAAAAUCCCGACAACAAGGAAGGCCGGGUGUUAUGAGGGUUCCGAUGAUCCAAAAUGCCAGCCUGCUACUUAUUUACCUCCAUCAACUUAUCGACCGCCUACAAGUGCGCCAAAGCCGAAUUGCUAUCCAGGAUCAACUGAUCCAAGGUGUCCGCAACCGACACAGCCCACAACUAUAAGAACUCCAAUUUCAACACCAAGUUGUUACGCCGGGUCUUCUGAUCCUGCUUGCGAACAACCAACAACUUUAAGGCCAAGAUGUUAUCCUGGCUCCAACGAUCCAGAGUGCCAACCAGCAACUUACUCUCCUCCGACUACAAGGACUCCCGUAACUACUUCCAAGCCAAAUUGUUACCCUGGCUCGACGGAUAGACGCUGUCCACAGGAACCAGUGACGUCACCAAAACCGAGAUGUUACCCAGGCUCAAAGGACCCUGAGUGUCAGCCCCCUACUUACCUCCCACCAACGACGGCACGCACAACUAUUCCUACGACUAGACCUAGGUGUUAUCCGGGUUCAAAUGAUCCCGAUUGCCAACCAGCAACUUAUUCGCCUCCAACAACGAGAACGCCGAUAACUACACCCAAGCCGCGUUGCUAUCCUGGCUCUAACGAUCCCUACUGCCAACCAGCUACUUAUCUUCCGCCAACAACAGCAAGUAGAUGUUACCCUGGCUCCAACGGUCCUGAGUGUCAGCCUGCCCCCACGACAAGAGCUCCUGUAACUACUUCCAAGCCAAAUUGCUAUCCAGGCUCUACAGACAGUCGCUGCCCCCAGAAAACGACACCCAGGCCCAGGUGCUAUCCAGGAUCACCGGAUCCUGAGUGCCUGCCAGCGACAACGACAAGAACGCCGAUCGCUGGUACCACACCUGUCUAUUGCUACCCAGGAUCCAUUGAUCCACGUUGCCCUGAUUCCGGGUACAAGGGCACAAGCCGAAUCCCUGCCACAUAUCUGCCACCCCUGAGUGAUCCGGGCUACGACAGAACUAUUCGAAAUGCAAAGACCUUGUUCUUCAAUGAAAUCAAUCACUUGGCACUCACCGAUAACAACGUUUUCGAGCUGGACGAUGACGAAAGCGAGGCAUCUAGGGUGAAGCGCGAGUUAAAGUUCGACGAGAAUGAGGAUCUCUUAUCCAAGAGAAUAAUGAAGCGAGAGUUUAAUGAGCGACCCUCAGAGCAAGAAGUGAUUUCCCUGACCCUCGGAGUGCGAACUGGCAUCAGUGUAAAAUAGUCGUUGAAGGUCUAGUAGUAGUUAAGCAUAACAAUAUUAUAAUAUCAUUAUACACCGAUAUGUAUUUACCUAGAAUGAUAUUCAUUAAAAAUAAACCUAUGUACAAAUGUA